CAAUGUUAUGAACCCAUCGGGAACCCCCACAUUCACUAAAACCGAUCUAUGAGUCAAGAUCACGUGUCGAUCAUGUUCGGUCCUGCUCUAGAAACUUGUCUGUCCCUCCCUAGUUUAGGAUAUUUUCGGCAGGGUUCAGUUCCCCUCUUGCUGCUUUAGGUUUCGUUUUUCUUUCAUCAUUAGAGGCAGCGGCUACAAACGGAGAAUAGACCGGUUCAGGAAAGAGAGCACACGAUCGGGCUAACAGCACUUCCAUCCAGACUAGAUGACCACGCAGAAGCCAGCUGCUCCAAAGCAGAGACCCAUCAUUCCACAGGUCUGCUACCACCCAUCGAUGCUGACCGCAGGAAACGGAAUCUCAGACCCAAUGACCACGCAGAAGACAGCUGCUCCAAAGCAGAGACCCAAUAUUCCACAGGUCUGCUACCACCCAUCGAUUCGGACCGCAGGGACCGGAAUCUCAGAGGCCGAAUCCAACCAGAGGUCAACAGCUUCUGCUCCUCCUCGUCCUCAGACCAAAACGCAGCCUAAGCCACUGAAGAUGAACCAGGAUUCUGGCAGGACCAGACCAGCUGACAAAGACCCAGAAUCUGCUGGAGACCAAGCCUCAAGAAAACCUACCCCGAGGAACAGAAUAGGUGCUGCUCGUCACCCCCAUAGCAGAACUGAACCUAAACAGGCUUUGGAGAACCAGGGCUCUAGCAAGACAAGUCCUGUUUCAAAACCUAAUCUCAAUGGAGGACCAGUACCUAAGAGAGAUUUGGGUUCUGCUGGAGACCAAGAUCCUCCAACACCAGAUCAGGUUCCUCUGGAUUUAAGGGCUAACCUUAAUGAGACACUGGUGCAGCAGGUGGAGGUUCUGACCCGUGGUCAGAGCACCAACCAGGCCUGGUUCGACUGGAGGAAGAACCGGAUAACGGCAUCAGUGGCUCAUCGCAUUGCCCACUCCAAAUUUGUUAAUGGAGAGAGCAGAGCUCCGCCCACUUCAUACCUGGCUGCAGUCACUGGUGAGGGGCCCAAAGUCCAGACCAGAGCUAUGAGCUGGGGGAUCCAGAAAGAGGCUGAGGUUGUCCGCAAGUACGAGAAGUGGAAGAGACGGGCGCUGGGGCGGCCCGUUAAGGUCCGGGACUGCGGCCUGUUCAUCGACAGCGAGCGUCCCUGGCUGGCAGCAAGUCCUGAUGGCAUCGUGGUGGACGAGAGCGGCAACAAGCUGCUCUGCCUGGAGGUCAAAUGUCCCUUCAAACACAAAGACCGAACCGUGGAAGACGCCUGUAGAGGCGACCCCGCCUUCUGUCUUCAGCUGCAGGAGGACGACAGACAGAUGCCUGGGGAGCCGCCAGUUUAUGUCUUGAAGACAUCCCACUGCUACUAUACACAGAUCCAGGUCCAGCUGGCGGUUACGGGUCUGCAGCAGGCCGACCUCGUCGUCUUCACCUUGAAGGAGAUGGCCAUUGUACCCGUGGAGUUUGAUCCCCAACUGUGGGAUGAGACAGUGUCCAAGCUGGAGUUCUUCUACAGGGACGCCGUCCUCCCUCAUGUCAGGCAAAAACUCCAGCAGAAUGCAGCAGCAGCCACAAGGCCAGAACUCUAGAGACAGAGUCCAAUCAGAGCUGUCCCGUAGUUGGUCAACUGGACAUGUUUUGAGAUAUUUCUUUCCAAAACAUCCUGGGUUCUGGCUGUAGGUGUGAUAAAGACUUUUAUGUCAAAAAAAGGGUCAUUUUAUGUUUUUGUUUUAUUUUUUAGCUUGUUCUAAUUUCCUUGCUGGGUGACGGAUUUGGCUUUGCUUAGAUAAAACGGGUUAGACUUUGGAACUGGAGCACCACAGACAAUCGAACAAACCAAAUCUGGUUUGUUGAGCACAGUAGCAGAGGUUUGACCUAAACUAGAACCAGUACAACGUGUGACAACUGGAUCAACUGCAAACACUUUGUCAUUAUUGAACUUCUGACUACAGCUUCCCAGUUCAGAAAAUAAAUAUACUACCUGAAA